AUGAGUGCCGCCCUUCCCUCCAUCCAGAUCCCCAUCGACUACACGCAGGUCCAGACCGCGAUCGAGGAUUUCCUCCUGCACUUCAAGACCGCCACUGCGGCCGACCUUGACCUCGGCACGGGUCCCAAGUACAUGGAGCUGCUGCAGCAAGUUGCCAAUCGUGAGCUUGUCACGCUGCACAUCGACCUCGAUGACCUCAAUCGAUACCAGAUGGACAACGCGUUUGCGGGACUCGAAUCCGGCAGUGCUAGCGCGACCGCGCUCGUACCCACCAUUCUGCAAAAUUGUCACCGUUUCAUAGAACUUUUCAGCCGUGCUGUUGACACCUUACUGCCGCCUCCAACGCGUGAGCUUGACUACAAAGACGACGUUCUUGACGUCAUCCUGUACCAGCGGAAACUCAGAAAUGAACGCCUCAUGUCCCGCCGCCGCACAGAACUCGCCGCUGAAGCUGGCGUGCCUCGCGAUGAUGAAAUCAUGCGCGAAAUCGCAGAGCAAGAAACAGACCUAUUCCCUGCCAAACUCGUGAGACGCUACAACUUGUACUUCAAGGCUCCCACUGCGGCGACUUCCCUGGGCAAAAAAACGUUGCGCCCUCUCGCUGUGCGUGAAAUCAAAGGCGACAAUGUCGGUCAUCUCAUCACGGUGCGCGGUAUCGUCACACGUGUCUCGGAUGUCAAGCCUGCAGUUACCAUCAACGCUUAUACCUGCGACCAGUGUGGCUACGAAGUCUUCCAAGAAAUCAACUCCCGUACGUUUACUCCACUCUCCGAGUGUCCCUCCGAACAAUGCUCUCAAAACCAGGCCCGCGGCCAACUGUUCAUGAGCACACGUGCUUCCAAAUUUAACGCGUUCCAGGAGUGUAAGCUGCAGGAACUCUCCGAUCAAGUGCCCAUCGGCCACAUCCCAAGAUCUUUGACCAUCCACAUUAAUGGUACUUUGGUGCGGUCUUUGACCCCCGGUGACGUGGUAGACGUCACGGGUAUCUACAUGCCUGCUCCUUACACUGGGUUCAAAGCCCUCAAAGCAGGACUUUUGACCGAAACCUACUUGGAAGCCCAAGAUGUGUUCCAGCACAAGAAAAAAUUCACCUCUUUUGAAAUUACACCAGACGCAGAGGCCCGCGUCAUGCAAAUAGUUUCCGAGGGUGACGUCUACAACAGACUCGCCAAGUCAAUCGCUCCCGAGAUUUACGGCAAUUUGGACGUCAAAAAGGCACUUUUGUUGCUCUUGGUUGGCGGUGUCGAUAAACAGAUUGGGGAUGGUAUGAAGAUCAGAGGUGACAUUAACGUGUGUCUCAUGGGUGACCCUGGUGUUGCCAAGUCACAACUUCUCAAAUCCAUAUGCAAAAUUUCGCCCCGUGGUGUAUACACCACGGGUAAAGGUUCUUCGGGCGUAGGUCUGACCGCCGCAGUUAUGAAGGAUCCUGUCACCGAUGAGAUGGUUCUGGAAGGUGGUGCACUUGUACUGUCUGAUAACGGUAUUUGUUGUAUCGAUGAAUUCGACAAAAUGGAUGAAAGUGACAGAACCGCUAUUCACGAGGUUAUGGAACAACAGACAAUUUCCAUCUCUAAAGCUGGUAUCAAUACCACUUUGAACGCCAGAACCUCCAUCUUGGCCGCUGCUAACCCGGUGUACGGACGUUACAAUCCUCGUUUGUCCCCGCUGGAGAAUAUAAAUCUACCCGCUGCGCUGCUGUCCAGAUUCGAUAUUCUCUUUUUGCUGCUAGACAUGCCAGAUCGGGAAACCGACGAAAAACUGGCAGAGCACGUUGCUUAUGUUCACAUGUACAACCGGCAGCCAGAGCUCGGGUUCUCUCCGCUCGACCCAUCUCGCAUGCGGGAAUUCAUUGCUUUUGCUAAGACCAAGAGGCCGACCAUCGAUCCCGACGUUAACGAUUACAUUGUUCAGUCUUACAUACGAAUGAGACAAGAUUCCAAAAAGGCAAUGGAUACUCGAUUCUCUUUUGGACAGGCUACUCCGCGGACGCUCUUGGCUAUUAUAAGACUGUCACAAGGGUUGGCGAAAUUAAGAUUCAGUGACGUGGUCGAGAUCGACGACAUUGAAGAGGCCUUAAGACUCAUUCAAGUUUCCAAGGAAUCCCUGUAUCAAAAUAACCAGAAAAGUUACGAGGAUGAAAACCCAACCACAAAAAUAUUCACCAUUAUUAAGAAUAUGGCUAGAACUGGCUCAGGCCUGCACCAAAGUCUGCCUUAUGAUUCUGUUGUAAAAGUAGUUCGUUCCAGAGGUUUCACCUUACUGCAGCUCAAUAGCUGUAUUGAAGAAUAUGCGUACCUAGGAAUCUGGAACUUGGUUAAUGAGGGCUCGACUUUGCAUUUUCUGAAUCAGGUAGCUGACCAAGAUGCCGACAUGAGCGAUAUAGGCACCUCCACGCCAAGGCUGUCUGCGGCCGUCUCCUCGCCUGUCGCGCCCCUCCGGGAAGACACUGAGAUGCACGACGACUGA